AAGCAAGAAGAAAAUUCCACAGUUAGAACAACACCAAGAUUCUUCCUGCCAACUAAUUAGACCACUUGAAGGAGAUGGUGGAUUGCCUGAUCCAGCAGAGGAUGCACAUCUGAAGAAUUGCAUGAAGAACUCGAUGAUGAAGUCGGUAGGGAUGUCGGGCUCAGCAAUUUAUUGUUGCGUCUGAGGUCCCAAGAGAUUACGUGAAGAGAGCUACAGUUCAAGAAAAGUCCAAAAGACUAGAAAACGAUCUCAGCAUUAGGAGGAGAAAGCAUACGGACGAACCAUUGAACAAAGGAUCCAAAGAGGGUUGAUCGAUGUGCAGAAGGCACUCUUCCUCGACAUCAUCGUCAUCAUCACACUGUUCAUGUUCUUUUUCAAUCCGGAAAGCGUAUCGUUUUCUCCAGCAAUUCCGAGCAGUCAUUGACUCCGUCAACACCACUUUGCUAUAAUGUAGUCAAGUCAAUCAGAUGAGUUCCAUGUCUGUUCUCGCUGUUCAUCUCUAGCAAUUGGGAGCCUCAAGCGAUGAAGAUGGAGCAAGAACAACCGAAGGAAGGAGAUACGAGCAUCAGGUUAGACAUCGUUCCGCUUACGAACCGACGCGGCAGCAGUAAUUUUGUUGCCAGCCAACUCUCCUUCGAGCCUCAGUCUGAGUCCAGCGACGCGCCACCGACAUCUCGAAACAGUAGCAGCAAGCAAGCACCUGAGAAGAAGCUGACGCUCUUCGCCUUCCGGCUGGCUCUGCUGGAGAAAUCUGCCAGUGGUCUUGGCACGCUAGCAUUCGUCUGGGCCACCGUCGUCCUUCUCGGUGGCUUCGCCAUCAAGCUCGAGGGGAAGGAUUUCCUGUUCGUGACCAUAAUUCUCGUCAUCGAGAGUACCAGAAUCUUUAGCCGCAGCCACGAGCUGGAGUGGCAGCACCAAUCGGCAUCGACGUUGGGAGGCGCCGGGACGUACAGCUUCCGGGCGCUGCAAUCUAGCUCCCGAUUAUUCUUUCGGGCCCUGAGUGCCGCCUUCAACCCGUUCUCUGUUCUCCGAAGACAUGGUGACCGAAGCCGAAGGCCUACGAGAAGUAACCGAGCGGUCGGAUCGUCCCGGGACGAUUCUGCGGUUGAAUCCACAGCUCAGCGGACAUGGCAUGGUCCUGACGUUCCACUGAUUCCUUAUGCCGGCUGGGUGUUCAUGUCGAAGAACAUCAGCAGGGUCCUCUCAUGGCUUCAACUCUUGUCGGCCUUGGCCUGUGUGGCACUGUCCCUGCUGCGCCUUAUUCAGCAGGACUACGGCAACGUAGAACAAGAUAGCAGGAACAGGAAACCAGCACUGAAUCUGUUCUACGCGCUGGCACUCGCGGAGGCUCUCAUCUUCCUGAUGGAGAAAGCCUACUGGACAUGGAGGAUCUUAUACUGCAAUCUGCUGGAGACUGUCAGCCGAGAGUGUGAGCUCGGAGAAGGCGGAAUAGUCUCGAUCAGGCGCUUCUUCUACGACGCUUACGCAAAAUGCAUCGAUGGCAGUGUCUUCGACGGCCUGAAGAUGGAUCUGGUGACCUUCGCAAAGGAACUCCUGAACUCCGAGUUCCGUGAUGAACAGCUAAUCGGCGCUCAAGUCCUGGAGAAGUUUGUGAAGAGCGCCAAGUUCGCCGACGACACGCUAAGGAAGAUCGGGACCUCGACGUGGGUGAUAGAGCGACUCGUCGAGAUGCUGAACUGGAAGAACCCGGGCGAAGAGGAGAUCAGGAGGUGCGCAGCAGAGAUCGUGUCGAAACUUGCAGGGAAGAGGACGAACGUUCUUCGGGUUGCUGCUAUUCCAGGUGCAAUGGAGUCGAUAUCGUCUCUGCUCCACGGUGGCAAGACCUCCAACAUGACACCCCAUGAGAUGUCCAAGAGAUCCGAUGCAGCUGAUGGCACGAACUACGACUUCUCGGUCUUUAAUUUGCUGGGUCUGCUGAUACUUAAGAAGCUUGCAGCUGACCAUGACAACUGCUGGAAGAUCGGCAAUGCCCGAGGUCUCCUGCCAAAGAUCAUAGACCUCACUAGUGCUAGCAAAACUCUGCUCAGGAAUGAUCGAGCACCAGACUCACAGAUCAGAACAGUGAAGAGGUCAUUGCAGGUUGUGAAGAUGCUGGUUAGCACAACCGGGAGCACUGGCAAGUUUCUCCGGCAGGAGAUAUCGGAGAUUGUAUUCACGGUGAGCAACAUAAGGGAGAUCAUACAGAAUGGAGAGAGCCACAUGGUGCUGCAAAAGCUGGGAAUUGAGGUACUAAAAAACCUGGCCAUGGAUGACAAUGCAAAGGAGAAGAUUGGAAGCACUGGAGGAAUUACCAAGCUGCUCCUGUCGAGCUUCCUCAGGCCAGGAUUCACAGAGGAUCAGAACUUAUUGAGUAAUGAAGCAGGAGUGACGCUGGCAGUGUUGACAUUGGAGAGCAUUAACAAUUGUGAUCGUGUCUUGAAGGAAAAGGAGGUGUUGGAGCAGCUCAUGGGGGCACUGACCGAGCCUGUUCUUCGAAUAAAUGCUUCGAGAAUUCUGCGUAAUUUGUGUGCCUACAGUAGAGCUGAAUGCUCCGAUCGCAUAGGCAGGAUGACUGCUGCCAUGCCCACUGUAUUGAAAUCGAUUAUGGAGGCAAAAGAGAAACUACUAGAAGUAUCUAUUGGUCUAACUACACAGAUCUGCAAACUCAUGGAUCCUGAUGAAUUUGCUGAAGCACUUAGGCAAGCUAGCAUUGAAGAAACUGAUCUUGUGGAGAAGCUUGUUCGGACACUGGAAAAAUACACAUUUCCAGAAAUUAUGGUCCCAAGAAUAAGGAGGUUUGUGAUUGAGCAAGCUAUUUGGAUGAUGAAAUCCAACAGAAACAGUAUCCAGUUGUUCAAAAAAUUUGAGAUGGAGAAUUUAUUGGGGUCUGUAGCAGAGACCACAUCACAACUUGAGUGCUUUCACAUUUUCUCUGGUAGUGUUGGACUGAUCCAGCACAGUAAACCCUUAUCCUCUCUUCUAGAGACAGCAUUGGACCUAAUGAUUGAUAAUUGAAAUUUGAACAAACAAAAAAAAAUUUCCAGCCAAAUUAUUCCCUGAUGAAGUCAGAAACUAUACCAGUUAGCAGCUGGGAAGAAGCAGAAGAUUUAUGCGGUUCCGUAAAUAUCGAUUUUGUUGACUAAAUGUUGUUACAGCCUCUCUUUUCUUUACUACUUUAUCAGACUCAUGAAGAUAUGUAUUGUCAUAUUCUUGGCUAAAGUAAUAAAAUUUCAUAUUAUGAUUUCACACA